AUGAACCUUGCAAUUGCCAAAGAUGUCUAUGAGAACAGUAAUGCGGGUACUUCCCAUGAGAGCAGCGAUGAAGAUUCUGGUGAGAACAUCAACCAGAAUAUCGGUGCUCCCGCCCAUGCAGAUGACGGUGCUCUCUCUGAUGAAGACGCCGAUGAAGACGCCGAUGAAGACGCAGAUGAAGACGCGGAUGAAGACGGCGAUGAAAUCGCCGAUGACAGCGCCGAUCAAGAUGUCCGUGAGAGCACCGAUGAACAGCUCGUCGUCGUCGUUGAUAGGCGGGGUGAUGAAAGUGUUAGUGAGAGUAGAGAUGAACAUAAGAUGAUUAUUGGGGAAAAUAAUACUUUGGAAAGAGAUGAGGUUGUGAGUGACAGCGCCGAUAAAAAGUUCGCCAUAGCUGUGGAAGAUAAGAAGAAGCUUCUAGAAGCCGCGAAUGGGAUCCUUGCUCAUAUACGUGAAUAUAGGAAUGAGGAAGAUAUCGAUGAUGUAUAA